UGUCAACAAAAUAAUUAACAUGUCAAGUUGUCGGUGAAAUUAAUUUCGUUAGAAGGAUGUGAGAAACAAGCCAGAACGCAGAUAUUUAACCAGCAAUGGCCACCGCUAGUGGGCUUCUGUCUUCACGGUUAACGGAAGAGAGAAACAGAACGGGUGUGUUUGGAUUCACACUUCUAGACAAGCCUUUAAAUGUUUCCAGCUCUGUCAGUUUAUCAGAUGUGGAGUUUGAUUUGUUCAUCCAGAAUGACGUACCUGUGGUCAUUUAUCUUGCUGUAUUGUGUGUUAUAGGAGUCGUUGGUAACGCCCACGCUGUCACAGUGUAUUCAUGUCGGUACAAACCCUCCAACCAUCGCACAUUUGUACUGUGGUUAGCUUCUGUGGACCUUACCGCAUCUCUACUUUGUAUGCCGUUUGAAAGUUUCGACAUACGCUACAACUUGACAUUUUCUAUUGUUCCUUUGUGUAAAUUGUUUAAAGCCCUGAACUACUUCGUCAGUACGUGUUCCGGUUUUCUCCUUGGAGUUAUCGCGGUGGAACGUUAUCGGAAGAUAUGUGUUCCGCUGGGAACGCAACUAACGCUUCGGGCUGCCCAAUGUGCAUGCCUGGUUGCCACCCUUGUUGCCAUGGGUCUUUCGAUCAUUUCUGGAGUCGUGUAUGGUGUUGUCUCUAAACAGGUUCCGUCAUAUUUAAACCUCACUGGAACAGAAUGUACCGUUAUGGAGAAAUACAAGGAAACCUCUUUGUUUAAGGGGUAUUCAGUGUUCUUGUUAUUUAUCAGCACUGUCGUGUUUAUUUUGUGUAUCUUUACCUAUUCAUUUGUCGGGAGAAUACUUUAUAACCAAAUGUUAUUCAGAAGUAAAUCUCAUUCAGCAUCCGCAUCAAACCGGAAGUCCAGUACCGGAAAUGAGAAAAGUGUGGACAUGGAUAGUAGUGGACAUCAGGACGAAGAAUCCAGUUUUGCGCGAGUCACUAGCAAAGAAAUGACUUCUAUAAAGUCCCCAAAAGAAAACACUAAACAAAAAAGCAAGCGAAAACGAGGCUUAGACAGGAGCAAACAAAUUGCUUUUAUGUUUCUUGUCGCCACAGCGGCCUCAUAUGUGGGAUAUUUACCAAAUAUGGUGUUAAUGAUAAUCAAAGGAAUAAGAGGUGACACGUACGACGCCAUUGACGAACGUUUGGGGGCAUUUAAUGCCAUUCUCGUGAGAUCUUACUUCCUGAGUAAUGUUGCCAACCCAAUAGUUUAUUGCUUUGUAGACGAACGUUUCCGACGAGAAUGCAAGCUGCUGUACCAGAAAUUGUAUUAUUAUAUACGUAAAAAUACCAGAUGUCGGCGAUAACCCUACAAUCUAGUGUUAUUUUCUGCAAUUUUCUCUUUAUGUAAAUAAUUAACAUAUUUGUGUCAACUCUAACAGUACCCUGAUGUCAAAAUUGUUAUGUUAUAUAGCGUUAUUAAAUGGAUAUAAUUAUACAUAAUUGUUGCAUCGUUCAGAAGACCGAGGGAGUG